AUGGAGUUUGAUAGGGUUCCUUUUUUGUACUUGUUCUUUCUUGUGUCCUUCUUUCUAGCUUUCCAUGCUGAAUCAAUGUCCUUCACUAAUCACCUUCACUGGUUUUCUUCCAUCAUUGAAUCCCUCAGGUUUACAAAUCCUGCCUCUUUAGAAAGUCAUCGAUCCUCCCCACCACAUAUUCAAGAUCAUGUUUUCCAAGGUCUUAUUACUACACUUCACUCUCAAUAUGAGCUUGAGGUUUCAAAGAAGCCACCAAGGUUUUCCUUUGCUUCUAAUGAAAAGACUUUCACCCUUUACACCCCCCACACUUCAAGCUGUUAUGGAAAAAAUGUCAAAUUGAUUGUCAUUCACGCCGGAGUUUGGCUGGAAAGCGAGAGCUUCAAAGAUAAUGGUAUGACAGGGAAAGUUCCAAAUAAGUGGAAGGGAAGAUGUGAGGCCAUUAUUGGAGCCAGGUUCUUCAAUAAGGGUUUAGUUACUAAGACACGCAGUAUUAAGAUUAGUAGAUUGGCAAUAUACAAAGUCUCUUGGGAUGAAGGAAGAUGCUUAUUUUAUGUCUUUGCAGCUAUGUACCAAGACAUUGUUGAUGGUGUUGAUGUGAUUUUUUUGUUUUUUACCUCCUGCACAUAUGCAGUGCCAUCAGAAAUGGAUCGUUUAGCAGAAGCUUCAUUUGCUGCCAUGGACAAAGGCGUUAGGUUUUCAACUGUGGCAGGAUAUAAAGGCCAUGGCACUACAAAAAUUAUGUGGGUUAGUAACAGUGGUUUAGUAACGUGUCACUAG